AGUCCUUGCCCUGACACCGGGCAAACUCGGCUGUCAUCUGACUCGAUGCUAAAGAUGGCAGGAAACAAGUCUUAUACGAUAGUUGAAUAUUUCGGCGGGGAUUGUGGCUACCGCUGUGGUUACUGUAAAAACGAUGAAGGGAACUUCUCUCACGGGAUGUGGUCUCACACCAUGACAGUACAAGACUACCAAGACCUCAUAGACCGAGGAUGGAGAAGAAGUGGGAAAUACGUCUAUAAGCCCAAAAUGAACAAGACAUGCUGUCCACAGUACACCAUCAGAUGUCAUGCACUAAAGUUCCAGCCUACCAAAUCCCACAAGAAAAUCCUGAAGAAGAUUAACAAAUACAUUUCCAAAGGGGAAUUGCCAAAAAUACAGGAUGAUGGGGAGCCAAUGGACUCUGUGUGUGAAGAAGCAGGUCCACAGGAACCGAGUAAAGCGUGUCACUCAGACGUGACGUGUGCUGCUAUCACAGACAUUCAGAAGGAACUGCCAGAGUGUCCUGCUAUCACAGAAGUCCAGAAGGAGGUAGCGGAUGCCGCACCUGCCGGCUCAGAAACAUCAAGAAGGGAUCCGGUGUCCGUCUCAGAUGAAAGAACAACAGCCAAAGCUCCUAAACCAGGCCUCAACCACUUUUUCCCCUCUCAAACCUCUAAUGAGAACAAGACCCCACGCUCAUUAAUCAAAAGCACCAUGGUCUGCUUCCUCAGACUGUCAGAAAUAACACGCCUUUUCAGGAGGCAAGUAAGGAGGAAGCAAGAAGGAUUUACUAUGUCGGGCCAGUGGUUCUCCACUCCCCCCUAA